AUGAUUUCUCAGAGUACCACCAUCCUCCACUCUGUCCAGGAUUUCUACUCAGUUGCAAGACUGCAGCUUGAAAUCUCUCUGUUGCAGUCGCUUCACGGAGACGGCAUAGAUUUCACAGCUCAUCUGGACGAUCACCGGUCAUCACCAGAUUCGUCAUCAUGCCUCACCUUUUCCAGAAACUAUGAUUUUUCUCACCCCAAGAAACUUCCGUCCCUGCUCCGAAGCUUUCGUUCUCCUCUCGAGGGGCGUCCCCCCACAUUACCUCCGAAGCUUUCGUUCUCUUCUCGUGGCGCUCUCCCCUCACCUCCGAAGCUUUCGUUCUCCUCCUUUUGGUGGCUCCUCUCCACCUCCGAAGCUUUCGUUCUCCUCCUUUGGUGCGCCCCCAUCACCUCCGAAGCUUUCGUUCUCCUCCUUUUGGUGCGCCCCCAUCACCUGGCUUUCGUUCUCCUCUUUUUGGUGCGCCCCCUCACCUCCAAGCUUUCGUUCUCCUCUUUUGGUGCGCCCCCCCUCACCUCCAAGCUUUCGUUCUCCUCUUUUGGUGCGCCCCCCUCACCUCCGAAGCUUUCGUUCUCCCUUUUGGUGCGCUCCCUCACCUCCAAGCUUUCGUUCUCCUCUUUGGUGCGCCCCCGCUCACCUCCGAAGCUUUCGUUCUCCUCUUUUGCCCCCGCUCCCCGAAGCUUUCGUUCUCCUCUUUUGGUGCGCCCCCCUUUCACCUCCGAAGCUUUCGUUCUCCUCUUUUGGUGCCCCCCACCUCCAGCUUUCGUUCUCCUCUUUUGGUGCGCCCCGCUCACCUCCAAGCUUUCGUUCUCCUCUUUUGGUACGCCCCGCUCACCUCCAAGCUUUCGUUCUCCUCUUUUGGUGCGCCCCCCUCACCUCCGAAGCUUUCGUUCUCCUCUUUUGGUGCGCCCCCCCUCACCUCCGAAGCUUUCGUUCUCCUCUUUUGGUGCGCCCCCUCACCUCCAAGCUUUGUUCUCCUCUUUUGGUGCGCCCCGCUCACCUCCAGACUUUGUUCUCCUCUUUUGGCGCCCCCACUCACCUGAAGCUUUCGUUCUCCUCUUUUGGUGCGCCCCCGCUCACCUCCGAAGCUUUCGUUCUCCUCUUUUGGUGCGCCCCCGCUCACCUCCGAAGCUUUCGUUCUCCUCUUUUGGUGCGCCCCGCUCACCUCCCUUUCGUUCUCCUCUUUUGGUGCGCCCCGCUCACCUCCGAAGCUUUCGUUCUCCUCUUUUGGGUUUGCUCACCUCCAAGCUUUCGUUCUCCUCUUUUGGUGCGCCCCGCUCACCUGAAGCUUUCGUUCUCCUCUUUUGGUGCGCCCCGCUCACCUCCGAAGCUUUCGUUCUCCUCUUUUUGCGCCCCGCUCACCUCCGAAGCUUUGUUCUCCUCUUUUGGUGCCCCUGCUCACCUCCGAAGCUUUCGUUCUCCUCUUUUGGUGCGCCCCCGCUCACCUCCGAAGCUUUCGUUCUCCUCUCUUGGCGCCCCUCACUUUUAUUUCUUCCCACAUCGCCCGUUUCAUUUUACCGUCUUUCUUACCCCACCCCACCCGUGCAUUUCGUUCUCCUGACUUUAUUUCCCCUCUCCAUCCUUCACUUUUCUUUCUCCUUUCAUUCUUUUCUCCUGCUCCCUUUUCGUUCUGCACAUAAAACUACAAUCUAUCUUAUUUUAUUGAAAAUAAAGUUUUUCUUUUUGUUUUCAUCUCUCUUCUUCUCUUCUCUCUCUCUGAUUUUUUUCUUUUCCUUUUUCUCACUCUUUUCCUUUUUCUCACUCUUUUCCUUUUUCUCACUCUUUUCCUUUUUCUCACUCUUUUCCUUUUUCUCACUCUUUUCCUUUUUCUCACUCUUUCCCUUUUUCUCACUCUUUUUCCUUUCUGUUCAAUUCAGCUAA